AUGUACCUUCCACUCUUCCUAGCUGUCACGCUGGCAGCGGUGCUUACCAGCGGUCAGCAACCGUGUGACCCGUCCGUUACCUGUCCCACGUUCAACUGCCACCCACAUCCGAACUGCCCGGCCAAGGAUCCACUCUAUCCGGUGCUGCUUCCGCACACCGACUGCAGCAAAUUCUACAAGUGCAACAGUGGCAAUGCCUGCGAACAGCUGUGCCCCGUCGGGCUGCACUAUAAUCCACGCGAACAGUCGUGCGAUUGGCCGAACAGAGCGUGCUGCGAUCCAAGCAUCCAGUGCGGUCUGCCUGAUCCGCCACCGAGCAACUGCGUGCCCAACCCGAACUGUCCUGCCUCGUCGCAAGAUACGAUACUGCUACCGCACAACAACUGUGCCAUGUUCUACAAAUGUUCCGGACCAUUCGCCUGCCCAAUGAACUGUCCGCCACUGCUGCACUUCAACCCGAAGCAGAACGCUUGCGAUUGGCCCGAGCGUGCCUGCUGUGAUCCGACCGUACCCUGCGAUCCGUGCAUUCCAGGCGUAACCUGCCCGCCAACGGGACCUACACCUGCUCCAAUUCCCACACCAGCUCCCACACCAGUUCCCGUACCCACCCCCGUACCCACCCCCGUACCCACCCCCGUUCCCACACCAGUUCCCACUCCAGCGCCAACUCCCAUUCCAACACUGCCGGAUACGCCAUGCGAUCCUUCGGUCACCUGUCCGCUUAACUGCGUCGAGGAUAUGCGUUGCCCACCGCGCGACGGUACCAAGCCGGUACUGCUACCGAGCACGAACUGCGCCAAGUUCUACAAGUGCCAAUCCGGACGAGCGUGCGAGUUUGACUGUCCCGGAGGGCUGCAUUUCAACGCCAAGGAUAUGGUGUGCGACUGGCCGCACCAGGCAUGCUGUGAUCCUACCGUCGAGUGCGUACCAGGCUGCAUUCCCGGCGUCACCUGCCCAUAA